CUUCAUCCUCUUCUUCUUCCUUCUCCCUCUCCUUCUUCAUUGUUAUUAUUGAGUUUCAAAUAGAUUCGAUUUUGUUUUUGUUGUUUCAGGUUUGGUGGUUUUGGCUCACGUGGAGGGGGGAGCUUCGCCGAUAGUGCGGUUUCUGGUGGCUCCACGUGCGGUGACUCAGUGUGGAAAUAAACCCUGGGAAGAUGUUCACUAUGUUUCAUAUUGUGUUUCCUUCGUGAAAUUUUAGAUUUAUACGGUAAGCCAGUAGUGGAAGGUACGAAUCACAACAAAGCUUUGGUUCAUUUGUUUAUUUAUUCAGCAUCUCUAACAUUGUUUUUAUGAUUUUCGUUUGGUUCCGAAACUACGAACAUGACUUAUCUGAGAAUAAGAUCCAAUGCUUCCAUGGCUUAGGGUUUGCACUGAGGAUGUGUCUUUUACAAAUCAUCUUUCUCCCGAGAAAGAUGGAGUUGGCUCAAGUAAAAACAAGCACUGGGAUGGCGAUGUUGGAUGGUUUGAAGUUGAGAAACAUUUUGAGAUUCUUACGAAUUCGAGGGAGGAUGGUUUGCUUCAUCGCCGAUAUAUUAUUAGCUUGGUAUAACUUUUACCAGAACCAUCGCCGGUUCUGUAGAAGGACAUAUAAGAAUUGGAGGUACCAUAACAAUGUUUUGUUGUGGUCGUAACGACUUCUUAUCCGAGGUUGAACUGACAAUUUAUGUAAAAAUUGUGCACGUAAUUAUAGGCUCUUAAGAUUUAAAAGCUAACCAUGCUAUAAAGCAAUAUGUUGAUA